AUGGUUCAGGAUGUUCUGGACUUGUACAAUAGUAAUCCAACAGACAAAGCAUUUCGUCAUUAUGAUGAUCAAGCUCAGUUUGAAGAUCCGUUGCAGUUUUCAGGAAAUUUGUCAUCAGUGAAAUCGGCAUUUAAAGCGUUACCAAAAGUAUUCGAAGAUUCAACCGUUGUACGAAGUGAUGCAGAUAUUGAAUCGAAUCCAGAUUUAAUCCAAAUAUCAUUGCGAACGAUAUAUAAGAUGAAAAUAGGUGGUGAAACAACGAUGGAUUCAGUAGUACUGUUAUCAAUCAAAGAUAACAAAAUAAUUCGACAUGAAGAGCGAUGGAACGGUGAAGAAAUACCCAAUAAAGAAACGUCUUUUUUGGGCAGAAUCAGAGAGUCACUUCGACAUGUCACUGGUAAAGUUGUUCAUACAUUGGUUGAUCCAGACAAAGAACCCAAAAAAUGA